AUGAUAAUACAAGCCGGAUGGUCGAAAUCUUUCACAGUCAAUGACGCAAAUUCGAAGGAAGUUCUAUAUCUGGCAGAAUUCCAUCCCUUUGGAUGGUUCUGCCCAGAGCCACUUGGUGCAAGGGGAGGCUUCAUCUUACAUAAUGGAGUCACUCGCAAAGAUCCUGUUCUUGCUGCAACUGGCGACGUCACUAUUUUUGAACAAAGAGUCAAUCCAUUCAGUAACGAGAGUAAGAUUCUGCUGCCACCACUGGCUAAGAAAGACAAUGUCAAGGCGUCGACGACAGUUGGCGAAACUGAGACGAUGGUUGGGAGAUGCACGGCAAACAAUGGUGUUGCGUUUCGAUUUUCCAUUGAAGUUGGGCGUAACAUGAGAAGGGAGAAGCUAGAAUGGAGAAGUGCUGGCAAAGGUGGCGAUGGAAGAGUUGCGUGGGGGUUGAUGAGACUCCCUAGUGCUUCGCGAAGAAUUCCUCCAGAAGGGGAAGUAAUUGCUAAACUCUCAUGGUUACCCGCUUCCAUAAUCAAUGUGGUCAACCCAAUGAGCACCAAGCCAAUCUUUACACUGCAGCUGAUGAAUAGUCUGGAAUCUGGCCUGUUGGGUGAGCGCUGUGUCCUUACGGUGGUCAUGAGCGCGCUGAGACUAUGGCACUUGCGUAUAAAGGGAAAAGAUAAGAGGUCUUACAUUAGGAUUAGAGACAAUUCGCAAGGUAGAUGA